AUGCUUGGUUGGUCCGAAGAGAUGACGUCCGCGUGUCAGCAACUCGCGCCAGACCACGUAACAUCGAUUCCAUCCAAAGAGUCGGCGAUCCUCACUAUCAACUUUUUCUUUACAUAUGUGAACUCUAUCAUACCUCUGUAUGAUCAAGAACGAUUCAUGGGUCUUUUCAAUCAGCAAUACUCAGACAACCCACCUACCAGCGUCUCCUGGUAUGCCACACUUCAUGCUGUGCUCGGCAUUGGUGAACUUGUCUUUGAAGAUGAGGCAUUGAUCCUUGACAUGCUUCUAGACGCCGAGGCUAGUUAUAUGGCCAUUGGAGCAGCAGUGCGCCUUGCUCUUGGCUUGGGCUUGCACCGGACACUAGUGGAUUCACAUCUAACAUUGAGUGAAGUGGAAGAGCGACGAAACGUCUUUUGGGUUCUGUACGUAUUGGACAGAGGCAUAAGCCUUCGACUUGGACGUCCGCCCACUAUUUGCGAAGAAGACAUCGAAGUCAGCGAACCUACUCUCGGGCGAAUAUCGCAGCCGUCCCAAGUUAAAGACGGGUUCGCGCAAUUUGUGAAGCUCAACAGGAUCAAGAGCGAGAUCUACACAAAACUCUACUCCAUUCGUUCUCUAAGAGGCGAUUGCCAAGCAGAACGGCUCGCUACCCUGCAAAAUCUUGAGGAGAAGCUCAUCAUCUGGCAAAAGUCUCUGCCUAAAGAUAUGCUAUCAAUUCCACGAGCACUGCAUAAUCCAAAUGCAGUGUUUAGUACUAUGACAUUGUUGUUACACGCUGAAUACUACAACUGCCAAUUAAUGCUCUAUCGAACGGAGAGUUACUGGGACCCUUUGGAUUCAACCGACCAUUCAUUCUGCAUAACCACUUCCUUGCCCAGCUCUCGUGGGAUUUCCAGCCGCAAUAAAUGUCUCUCCGCUGCGAGACAUACAGCUGAGCUUCUCGACAUGUUACAGCAGAGCGGGAAUGCGUUUCGGAGCAACCUGGCACGGUAUGAUCCCUUCCAAUAUUUUGUGGAGUUUUCUCACCACUAG